AUAUCUUCCGUGGUUAAAGUUCAAGAACAUGGCGGCCUGAGUGCAGACGCUCAAUGAUAACCAUGCUGUUAGUUGUCACUUGUGUUUUAUUUCUUCAGACCAGGCAUUGACUGUGUGCUCUUUAUAGUCGCCUAUCAUUACUGUACAUUAUCUGCAACAUGCUCCGAGCUCUAUCAAAAAGCCAUAUUGCUGUCUCUCGCCUUCUCGCUCCUCGGAAUGCGGUUAUGGUCGAAACAGUCCGGGGUAGAAAAUCUCGCACAGACCCGAAAGCGAAGUCAAAGCUCGGACGGAUCAAGACCCCCCCUCCCGUGGACCCUGUUGAAAUGGUCGUAUUAAAGGAACGUUUCACUGAGUACAAUCUGAUCGUGAGAGCCCUACGACUGGAGUUCAAAGAGGAGAUGUUGAGGAAGAGAUAUGAAGAGGAGGUGGGUUCCCUGGCAGAGGAGAGAGCCAAACAGGAGGCUGAAGAGCAUCGGUCACUAAUGGCCUGGAAUGAUGCAGAAAACCUCAGAUUGCGGAAAAUACGAGAGCAGCGCGUGCAGAAGGAGGCUGAGAUUAUGGAACAGAAGAGGAGAGAAGCAGCUAUUUUACGUCAACAAGAGCUGGAGAACUAUAUUAAAGAGAAAGAGAAAGAAAUUCUACAACUACAGGAAGAGGCAAAGAACUUCAUCACAUUGGAAAAUCUUGAUCAGAGGAUUCAGGAGGCCCUUGACAACCCGAAAAACUACAAUUUUGCCAUUGAUAAAGAAGGCCGUGUGGUCAAACGGACUGUGCUUCAGUGAUAGAUGUAGCAUUUAAUGAGCCAAAAUUCCUAUGUACAUAAAAUAUAUGUUGUGGUUUAAAUAUACAGUAUGCUUUUGUGUGUGCUUGUUUUUGAAAAUGUCUCACAUAUAUACUAAAGCUUCUUAGAAUUGA